GGGAGGAUGACUGAAACAAUGGACUCGACCCAGUUUUCUUCGCUGUCGUCCUUAAGGGGAGAGCAUACAUCAGGGGAUUACGUGCAAGGCCACUACAAGGAGUCUUAUCGUCUUGCCAUUGAUCGCCUCCUGAGUGGAGGCAGAGACAGUUACGAAGAGUUCCUUAAAGGAGAACGCAUCGGAAGCUUCCUGUCUGAGGAGGAGCUUGGCUUCAUUACAUCAAACGCCAAAGAACUUCCGCCUCAGACGCACGUAGAGGAAAUUGAUAGCACGGCGGACAGCCAAUCAUCCUCUGGGACCUACUGGCCUGUCCACUCAGAUGUGGAUGCUCCCGCUUUGGAAUUGGGAUGGCCCGAGGUCACGCAUGAAAAUCGACAGACCAAUAUCGAUCUCCUCUAUCAUCCCCCAAGACAAAACAGCCCCACCAUUAAAGAAGUGAUUCUAAAAAACAUCCGGGAUGCGAGACAGGUCAUCGCCAUCGUGAUGGAUUUGUUCACUGAUGUCGAUAUACUGAAAGAAACUGUCGACGCCUCCGUUCGGGGAGUUCCUGUCUACGUGCUUUUGGAUGAUUUUCACUUGAAACCUUUCUUCACAGCGGCGGAGAAUCAAGAUAUAAAACUGAAACAACUCCGGAACAUGAGGGUGCGCACUGUGAAAGGUGAAGAUUAUCUGUGUCGGUCAGGGACAAAAUUUAAUGGAGUAAUGGAGCAGAAAUUUAUCUUGUUCGACUGUCAUACAGUGAUUUAUGGCUCUUACAGGUUCACUUGGUCGUGUGCAAAGAUUAGUUUGAGCAUGGUUCAGGUUAUCACAGGCCAUCUGGUGAGGACUUACGAUGAGGAGUUUAGAACACUGUAUGCGAGGUCGACUGUGCCAGCUGAGUUGUGCCAACCGGAUCAGUCGGUCCUCUCUAGUGGACACAACACAACGCUACAAGGUUGGCCAAAAUAUUCUCCUCAUUCCACACAAAUGAUUGAUCGACGUGAUCAGUUAAGGCACACUUUGGACUCUGUCUACCGGAAGACCUGUGAGAGGAACCAGUACGCAAGAGACUGCAACGACAAUCACUUUUUGCCUGUGAUUGAACAUGACAUUGGUUUGCAGAACCACAUGUCCAAAAUUCAGUCUGCAGAGUCAAUUAACUACUUCAAAAGGCAUAGCUACGCCGGGGAAAGACAUGAUGGACAAGCCCCGCAGAAUGUCCGAGCCAGAGCAAGCAACUGGAAUAUUUGCCGGGAAACAGGAAUUGGAAAGAACAAUUACCAAAUGGAUAAUAAUUAUUUAGUGCCACAGAUGUACAGGAGUCAAAAACUUCGCCAAUCGUACAAUGGCAAUGACAAACAAAUUCUUUUCAUGCAGCAAAACAUGCCAACGCUGAAAAAAACAUCCAAGUCAUUCAUGCGUACACUGAGGAUCGAGUCAUACCUCCAAAACCCUGAUGUGCCAUCUGGCGAGCCAUCUGACUACUUGGACCAGUUUGAGCCGCCUAACAGCUAUAUGCAGGGAAGAAUGAGAUCUUCCCUUGUUCUUAGGUCCUCCAUACUGGAGCAGAUGGAGGCAAACUCACACAUAAACAACACACCCUCUGUUGACAGCCGCUCAGCACUUCACAACCCUUUGCGCUACUCUUCAAUGCAGUGGAAUCCAAAGGUGCCACCAGAGAGCAACAGACUAAACAAUGAAGAAUUCAUGUUGAAGAGGAAAAGCCUACAAAUUUUGGAUGAUUACAGCAGUGGGAAAAACUCGUACCCAUCUGCAUAUGCCAGCUUAGGUAGAGUCAAACGUGGGCAAGUCAAUACAAACCGUGACAUGCUAAGUGACAGUUGGCACAAAAGGCACAGUGUGGCAGAUCCAAGAUCCAACACUGCAUAUACACAGGACUCCUCAGGUACCAUUUAUGGAGCCUUUGCUAGGAUGCAAAUAGAAAGAGGCUCCGCUGCAGUCAACAUGAAGCAUAGUGCAUAUGGGUCAAAUCUCAAUGAGGAUCAGCGAUCCGUCUCUCAUUAUGAUGUCAAGAGCAUGACAGACACAAAUAGCCCGUGCACUUCUAUUUGGCAGGAGCCCCCUUCCAGAACUCUGUCUGCUGCAAGCCUGGGCGUAGACCACAUGGAUUUGACGACUAAAUCCAACAGACUGGGCUCUCAGAAUUUUCUGAAGAAGAGUACCAAAAAGAUAAAGUCAUUCUUGAACAUACCAGACAAGAAAGAGGAUCGAGUUCGAGGUGUUGAAACUUCAAGUGUGACAUCAGAAGACAGCACAGACACGAUUAAAGCUGAGGAUGAGAGUUGGGUAAAACAUCACCAUAGCAACUCGUCCCAAGGGCAUGAUCAGAACCACCAGACUGAUGAAAACUAUUCCAAACCAAGAUUCAGAACUGAGGAGCACCGACACACAUCUCCAGUUUCUUCUUCUUCUGACACAACAUCACAAAGUAAGCUUGACAUUGGCGACAAAAAGAAAAGCCCGGACAUUGAGGUACUGGGCUGGAGUAAAGACCGAAAAGCAGACAAUCGCCUUUACAGCAGAUUUGAGCCUUUUUGUUCCAUUCAAAAGAAACAAUCUUCAUACUCUCCAUACAGCUCUAUGGAGAAAACUAAAAACCCGCUUACUGACCACACCCUUUCCCGACUUGGGAGAGGACACCAUGAAAAUAAGAUUGAGAAAUUCUUUCAUAGAGUGGGCAACCUCAUUCACAAGACUAAAUAGUGUAUUUCAACAGAGGUAAUUUAUUAUUUGGGGCCUGUUUGAAUUUCUUUCCCCAUCCCUGUCACCAAGGGGUAAAUUCUGAGGUUGGGGAUUCCAAUCCGGGCCUUGCUUUGUGGAGUUUGCGUGUUAUUAGGGAUCCCACUUGUGUUCUACGCAAGUAAAAACUUACUGAAAAAUGAUUAGGAUUAGCUGCAGGACACGCACGGCUGCACUGUGAUUGGCAACUGAAUUUCGGGAGGGAAUGCCCGACUGCUUCCAGACAGGAAAUGAAGUGUGUGAUUUCAGUGUGGGGGUGUUAUUACGACUCUCACUGAACAUAACACACUUGACUGUUUUUAUUUUGUACAAAUAUGACACAUAAUUGGCAUGGUCAUCUCUUAACCCUUUCGUACCAUGAUGCAGAAGCCAAUCAUGCUGCAGCAGGGGAUCUUUUGUCCAGAACAGUGGGAUUGCUAACACUGCAGGGAUUGCACGUUUUCCCAGUGGUUGUGUGGGUUUUAUCUGGGUAGUCCACUUUCCUCCCAUAUUCAACAAUCUCUCUAAAUUUUCCAUACAUGUGCCAAUGGUUGUUAUAGGUAUGUAUAACUGGAAAGAACAUGCAAACUCCACACAGGCAGGGCCGAGAUUUGCCUGCGUUGGUUUCCUCCCACAUUCCAGAAAAAUGCAUGCCAGGUUAAUUGAAGACGCUAAAUUGCCCGUAGGUGUGAAUGUGACUGCAAAUGUUAUUUGUUUGCCUGUAAUUGGCCGGUGACCAGUUCAGGGUGUAGAACGACUUUCUCACAAAGAUUACUGGGAUGGAUUCCACCGUGCCCGUGACCUGAGCGAGGAUAAGCAGUACAGAAAAUGGAUGGAUGGAUGGAUGGAUAGUGUCAAGGUCAAAGUUCCCCGGGACUAUGUCAACAUAGUGCCAAAGACUUUAUAUAAAAGUAAUUGUGGCACAUUGUAUACAUCUUAACACAGGCAGGAUACAGUAUAUCACAUGAGAUGUUUUGGAAAGAUAACCUUUAGUUUUUGUAUGUACAGUAGGUCCGUACUACUUUGUUUAUAUUGGAGAUGCUUCCAGCCAACUGUUUACAUUAGGACCAUUUUUACUGUGCACUUAUGCACUAUACUGCACAUUUACAUGUGACAAUACAUUUGACAGGAAAAUAUAGCAGUUACCUGUACACAACGCGUACAAACUUGAAGUACAAUGUUAACCAAACUUAUGCAAAUAAGACCGAGGUCAAAUCAACCAUUGCUGGACAGCCAUUCCAUGAGGAUUGCAUCAAAAUGCAUUGCCUUUAUGCUAAUAAAUAUGGCAAUAAGUGUAGCUUUAUAAACAUACUAAAGGACUCAAGAUAUACCAAAUGGAAUCAUGAACGGUCAGUCACCAUCUAUACUGCUCUGGUCCAGGGUGCAGUGUUGCAGUAUUUGAAAAAAUAAGUUCUUAUAAAUGUUUGUCUGCUGUUUUGAAUUAAAUUACAAGGGAAAUGUGUUCAAGAAUUUGUGAAUGGAUCCCAACAAACUGCAUCUAUUAAAGCUCAUUGCAGGUUUGUCAUUGCGACUGUUGUUUUUCAUCAUUAUUGUAUUAUGUGG